GUCAGCCGUUUCGGCCAUGGCAAUCGAGAAACGCGAUGCCGAUUUUCUGAGUGUGCGGACGAAACAACACAAGGACAUGAGUGGGAAGGGAGGUGAUCCCAAAGGCAAAUACUUUCGUGAGUCGCUCCCGUCCCGUGUUGGUAUUCGCUGUUACACCGAACGAUCCAUUUGCUAACAAUGUCACAGAUGAAAGCGUGUUCCAUCCACAUUAUGAUGGCAGAUUCGCAGACAAACAAUUAGGGUACCGAGAACGAAGACUGGCCCUUUCGAAC